GAGCGAAGAUCGCUCAGACGGCCGACUCUGACCCGCCCGUCCUCUGUGCCGGCCGACGAACCGUCCCGUCCGUCGCUCUCCCGGCCAAUCUCGGUCGGAAGCAGCCGCACCAGCCGCGGCAACGCGAGCGGCACCGAAAACAACUCGAUAGAGCGAGAGUUUGAGGUGAUGUCGCGGCUGCAGCACCCCAACAUCGUGCGGCUGUACGAGCUCAUCGACGAUCCGCGGUGCGACCAGCAGUUCCUCGUCAUGGAGUGCGUGCGCGGCUGGACGCUGCAGCGGCCCGUGGCGCGGCGCGAGUCUAUCCCGGAGGAGGACCUCCGCCACUGGCUGAGGGAGGUCUACCUCGGCCUGGAGCACCUGCACAUCCACGGAGUCGCGCACAGGGACGUCAAGCCAGACAACAUCCUCUGGGACCCGGAGCAGAGGCGCGCAAAGCUGACCGACUUUGGGACGGCGGCGCUCCUAUCGCACUCGCGCGACGCUCCGGUGGGAGGCACCCUCG